AUGGCCAUGGUGGAUUUCUGCCAGGAGGUGUCGGCAGGCACGAAGCACCUCGCGCGGCUGACGUACCUCAUGUUUUACCAGCCAAUUUCAUUUGCCAUCAAAGUCUGGGCUCUGGCGGUCUACUAUCCUGAUUUUGGCUACACAGACUGGGCAUUGGCGCGUCAAUACCUGUCCAUAUCACUGGGGUUCAUGGGCUGCGGACUGUUGGCUGGCAUCUACUGGCGCGACAAGAUCUCGGAGUUUGCCUUCUAUAUAUGGGAGGAUCCACGCCACAGCAAUCGCUUCCUGAAGGGACAAACUUACGGGAUCCUAGUUUUCUGCUUGGCUCCUACGCUGCUUUUGGGUUCCUUCAGGCUUUUGACUCAAAUUUUGGCGGUGAACGUUACCGGCUUCUUCACGAUUUACUUGCCACUUUUGGAUGAUGCGAACACAUUGUGGGUUCUGUUUGCUGUCUACACCAUGCUGCUGCUCAGCCGCGUGGUGUCUGAGCUGGAUGCUACGCAAGUCCCUGAUGCUGUGUGGCCGCUGGCCGGUGUCCAACUGCUUGAGGGGGCUUUGGAACGGUUGUUGUUGCGGAUCAUCGACGCCCGAUUUCGCGGGCCCCUGGCCGGUCAGACGAUGUCCAAGUCCAAUGGCGAGUCGAUUUCUUUCAAGCUAGGCGCAGAUGAAAAGUUGCUAGCCGGUGCCUCCACCCGCUCCCUACAGACCUUGAACCAGUUUGUCCUUGGCCGAGAGGGCAGCGAUGCCCGCCGCCGACUGCUGAUGGUGCAGCGGAGGAGAUUAGAUCGAAGAGAAGAGGCUAUUGGUGCACUCAUUUUUUGCCAGAACUGCCGUAUGAAGGAGCGGCUCCCGCUAAAAGCCUUGCACCUGAUUUUUGAUUACAUUGACAGCUCGGAUCUGCUCGAUCACCCAGUAGGUCAGGUUGGUCAGCUGGGGGACUUCGGAUCUGUUUCUGACAUGUCCAAUUUAUUCUCACGGUCUGAUGGUGCCACCUCGGCCACUUCAUUGGCACGGCUCCGAAAAGUCACUCAACAUCUGCUGGACCACCUCUGA